AUGAGAAAACAUACUUCGUCUUCCGGUUCAGAUGACUUCCAGUCCGACAUAAACAAACCGAAAAAGUCUCGGCCAACACGUAAAGUGGAGAAGCCAACCCGAGUUUCAAGCGAAGAAGAUCCCGACUUCGAGUGUGUAAGCCAACCCGGAGAAAGCGACAGUGAAGAAGAUUUGGAUGAGGAAGACUCUCCUGCUGAAUUGUUGACGAAAAAAACAAAGAAAAGGACGGCCAAAAAAAGUGACGAAGUCAACAGAUUGAAGAAAAGAAAAAUGGACAAGAUUGAUGUCACCAAGUCCUCUCGAGAUUUUCAGAAAGGAAUAAAAUACAAGGGCAGAUUAUGGCACAUAUUUAUUGCAGGGAAUGGCAAUUGCUCAUCCCCGCACCCCAGGGACAUAAAUGUCAAGGUCCAAAACAGCAACGAUAACAGCAAAGAUCGAUCCACGAUCAACGAUAUCAAGAGGACUCUUACUACUGAUCAAUUGGAAGCAUUCAGAAGAUCACCAUUUGGGAAGUUCCUUGAUCUCCCUCAUUGCAUAGUACAGAACCAACUCAUCAACCUUAUACUCUUACGCGAGGUUCAUCAGAAUAGGAGCGAUGAGGUUUGGUUCGAUUUUGGAGGCAAGUUACUUCGUUUCGGUAUAGAGGAAUUUGUUGUUAUAACCGGAUUGAAAUGUGUUGGAAAAAGCAAAAAGCUGAACAUUCCAAAGAUAUCCGGUGGGCUACACGACAAGUUUUUUGAUGGUGUAGAACUGAGACGUAACCACAUCAGGUGGCAAUUUCUUAAGAAAGCAUGGUCCAAUGAUGAGGAUGCGGUCAAAUUUGCGAAGUUGCACCUACUGGCAAAUUUCUUGAUGGGCUCACAAGAAGCCCUAUGCAUUGACCGCUGCUACAUUGACUUGAUUGACAGUCCAGAGUGUGAUGACCAUGCUUGGGGAAAAAAAGUUUUUGAUUUCACUCUUUACUAUAUGAAGAAGUCAAUUCAUACAAGAGAGCAAAUGCACAUUUAUGAGAAGCCCGAGGGUUCUGGAUAUCUAUACAGGUGUUAUGGCCUUAUCUUGGCUCUCCAGACGUGGUUCUACGAGGUUUGCGACACCGCCGAAGGUGUAAUAUGCACCUCUGUUGGUGACCAUGAUAUACCGAGGAUAUUGAAAUGGGAAGUUCGUGACAGUUACAACCGCCUUUUUCUGCAGAGGACCUUCUUAAAUCUACCCCACACCAAGUUUAAAAACAUUGUUCCUACCGAGGAGGAGAAACAUACGCUUUCGUUGGACUCAUUUUUCAAACAAAAAAAUGACUUGACUAGAAAUGAGAUUGCAUCAAGCCCCACUACUCAGCAUCCCAACAAUGUUGACGUUAUAGCACGUCUCGACUCAAUCAGCGCGGAACUCGAGGGCUUGAAACAGGCCUUUUUCGAGUUCUCAAGACGUGUUAUGGCCGAAUUUGAGUUGUUUAGAGAAAAAUUCAUUGAUGGUUCAAGUAAAGAACAUCACACAGACAGAGAAAACACGAGCGAAUUUCGUGAUGUGAAUGAAAUGCCUGAUCAUAAUAUUCACAUUUCAGCAGAAGAAGAGACGUUUGUAGCAGUACAAACCUUGGCACAACCUGUUAGCCAUGUACCAGUUCAGAAUGCACCCGAACCCGAUGUCCAUGUACCAAGUGGUGCCGACGACGACGACCCAUUUCCCUUGAUUAACACCCAAUUUUUAGAGGAAAUUGACCGGACUUUGCAGGAAAAGUUGAAUGAAUCAUCCAAGCCGAAAGCACCGAGAGGGUUUACCUACGAGCCACACCCCAUAUUUGGUUAUGCAUUGAAUGGAUCACAACCGUCAUUUGAUGCUAUAACUGCUGGUCUACCCCCGACACCACCACAAAAAAAAGUUAUUCCAGAUCAGCAAAAUAAUUCUGCACAUGUCCAGCAGAACGUAGAAGAAGAGAGAUUCAAUACCGAACCUGUCGAACCUGUGGAAAAGAGUGAAGCUGCAAAGGGUGUUAAUCGAGGACCUGUUCAGGUGCAGCAGGAGGAUGUAGCUGAAAAGGGAUUGAAUGCCGUACAAGACAAUGAACGGGGAAAUAGUGCUUUGGUGGUUUAUGAUCCAAAGGUAGAAUUUUCGAAGAAAACCACAAAAGCAAGAAAAAAGUUGAAGACAGAUGUUCCUGUAAAGAUACGACUUCAGCACUCGCGCCCACUAGCCGGCGAUUUCGAUUUAACUAUAUCUGGUAGAGUGCAGACGAGAGCCUACGAUGAGUGGAUUGCUGAAGGAACUUUACAAUGUGCCCCUCGUAAAGUUGCAAACGGGUUCACAACGACAGAUGUGUUGUUCGACCAACACAUCAAGUCGUUGUACACGUCCUUUUUGUCUCAGUCUCGCAAACUUUCUGUAUGCACGAUAGCAGACAUGAUCGUUGACUACAUCACGGGGUAUAAGAUCAUAUGUGGACUUUCUUGGUUCAAGGUCGAUCAUGUCAUAUUUCCGAUCCAUUUGGAAAUAAAUAAUGUCGGUCAUUGGAUUAUGGGUCUGUUGUCCUUUGAUGAUAUGAAACUUCGAAUCUACAAUUCAAUUCGCACUCAAGAUUGUGAUAAUCUUGUUUUGGAGAAUGUGAAGGCGUACGUUGAGCUUAUCCCCAUCUUCCUUGACUUGGUGAAGUUCCCCAAGAAAACAGCGCACGGUCCACUUGAGGUUGUUAUGGUGGAUAAUGUUCCCAGCAGCUAA